UUCUCACUCAUACUGCUGUGUCACUCUGUGAACUCUGUGCUCAAAACAUAUUGUGGAUAUAGGUUGAAAUUACUGUCCGGUUUUGGCUGAGGAUGCAUCAUUCAGUCUCUGUCACCUUGUUGUUGCUGUUGUUCACUUUGACGGUAGGAGAGGGAGGUAAAAUACUCGUGGUUCCAGUUGAUGGCAGUCACUGGAUAAAUAUGAAAGUCCUCAUUGAAGAGCUGCACGCCAGAGGACACCAAAUGACAGUGGUGCGAGCCUCUAACAGCUGGUAUAUCAAGGAGACAUCUCCCCUCUAUACUUCCAUUACCAUCCCAACCACAGGUGGAUUUGAUGAGGAUUUUUUUGGCUCUUUAGUGAGCAGUCUUCUGAAGCACAGGAGAGAAGAUUAUACUGGGUGGGGACACUUUAUGUUAGAACUUAAAUUUCUUGACAAGUUUGCUGAGUUUCACCGAGAUAUGAUCAAAAUGAUGACCACCAUGUUUGAAGAUGAAGCAUUAAUGACUUCCCUCCAGGACGCAAAAUAUGACAUGGUUCUGACAGAUCCUGCAACUGGAAUUGGUGGUCUACUGGGACAUCGUCUUGGCCUCCCAAUGGUGUUUAAUGUCCGUUGGACGAUCCAUGGAGAGGGCCACUCUGCCAUUGCCCCCUCUCCUCUCUCCUAUGUACCUGUCCCAGGAGCAGAGCUGACAGACAAAAUGACAUUCUUCCAGAGAGUCAAAAAUUUCUUGACCUAUGUUUUUGAAAAAUAUCAGAUAUAUCGCACAGUCAUACCCGUCUACCCAGCUUUCUGUCAACGAUUCUUUGGCCCUGAUGUAGACUACUUCUCACUUUUCCAGGAUGCUGACAUCUGGCUCAUGAGAAAUGACUUUACUUUUGAAUUCCCACGCCCAACAAUGCCCAAUGUGGUCUACAUGGGUGGCUUCCAGUGCAAACCCUCCAAGCCUCUUCCUGCUGAUCUGGAAGAAUUUGUCCAGAGCUCAGGGGAGCAUGGUGUUAUCAUCAUGUCUUUAGGCACUCUGUUCAGUGAGCUGCCUUAUGACAUUGCUGAUGAAAUAGCUGCAGCUUUUGCCCAACUGCCCCAGAAAGUCAUUUGGAGACAUAUAGGACGCCGACCUGCUACUCUUGGUAACAACACUUUACUGGUGGACUGGUUGCCCCAGAAUGACUUGUUGGGACACACAAUGACGAAAGUGUUUGUAGCACAUGGAGGCACUAAUGGAGUCCAGGAGGCCAUAUACCAUGGUGUGCCAAUGGUGGGUCUGCCCUUAGUCUUUGAUCAGCCUGAUAACCUCUCCAGAAUGAGUGCAAAGGGAACUGCUAAGAUUGUGGAUAUAGCAACUCUGGACAGGACUGUGUUUCUGGAGGCCUUGAAGGAGGUCCUGUAUGAGCCAUCUUACAGAGAGAACAUGCAGAGGCUGUCAAGACUGCAUAGAGACCAACCAAUGAAACCUCUUGACCGUGCAAUAUUCUGGAUAGAGUAUGUCAUGAGGAAUGGAGGUGCCCCUCACCUGCGCACACAAUCGUUCAGAAUGUCCUGGAUGGCUUACCAUUCUGUAGAUGUUAUACUGACUCUCCUGGCUGUUGUGUUGAUAAUAUCACUGAUAACUUUUCAUCUAAUCAAAUUCUUAUGCAAAAGAAUUGUACUGAAAAUGAAAAUCAAACGUGAAUAGUAAAAUAAUAUUUUUCACCACUGUUUCUCAACACUGGGGACCCAUUAUGACCAUGAAUAACACUAGCACAUUUAGUAAGAGAAGCCAAAGGCUCAAUAAUCAGUAGAUAUGUUGAAUCAUGUGUUGUAAUGCUGAGCUACAGCAAAAAACGUCCUGUGGGUUCUUAUUCCUGCAGUGACUCUCAAUUGGCAUAUAUCUGAUCCAAUGAUUGACUUAAGGCGGGUAUAAACUGUGUGAUUUUGGGCUGUUCCAGACAAAAGAUGAAAACACGUAGUGAUAUCUGUUGUGGCUUCAAAACAGUGGUCCUACGUUGAGUGGUCCUGACCAUCUCACAAUGUGACUGCUACUAUAACCUGCAUCUGCUAAACAACAAACUACUUCUAAUGCUAAUGACGUUUUAUUCUUGUGGACCCAAGUCUAUUAGAUCCAUGUCACACAGUGUGGUUUGCAGUAAAUUUAUAAGAUUGCUGAAAUCUCACAGUCUGUAAGCACCUUUACACGUGACUCACACAAAGCAUACAUAAAAACUGUUUGCCUUUGUACAAACUUAGAAAAUCUUCCCUACAAAAUCUUUACCUCCACGCAAAGAUAGAUGGUCAUUUGCACUUUGUCAUUUAUAGGUGUCAUAAACUGGAUGGUUCAGCAGAAAACCAGAAACUCGUUUUUCUCUCAGACAUGGGUUAAAGGUACUUGUUAUCUAAUACACACAAGGUAAAAGGGUAUAACUUUGAGCAAGGAAUUGUUUUCUUUAGUCGCAGUAACAUUGUGUAGACCUUGUGGCCGGGAACGUCUUCUCUCCUCUUCCCUUCUGCUUUGCUGUACCAUCAUUGAAUCUCGAUAAAGAAGACUACAAUCAAAAUCCAACUCUGGACCUAUCAUU